CUUGUCUAAUGUCAAGCCAUGAGAAAAUAUAGUAGUGAGAUACGAGAAAUGUAAUUAAAAUGUUACAAUUAACCUUUAUGGUGUAGUGUAACAGCAAAAUUAACACGUUUCUUUUGAAGGACUGUAUCAGCUCUCCCAAAACACAUUGCAGAACUGUUAAUUAUAAUUGCCAAAGUGUGUUACUUUUCUGGUUGUAGUUCAGUAUUACACAAGAAUUUUCAAGUGUAUUAAGCAAUGUGGAUAUUUGGUUACGGGUCUUUGGUGUGGAAGGCGGAUUUCCCGUACAAUCAUCGAUUAAUUGGGUACAUAAAAGGUUACGUGCGACGGUUUUGGCAAGCUAGUGAAGACCAUAGAGGUGUCCCAGGAAAGCCUGGUCGUGUGGUUACAAUUGUUCCAUCCCCAGAUCCUGAAGAUCAAGUUUGGGGUGUUGCAUAUGAAAUUGCUAAAGAUGAUGAAGAAUUUGUUAUGAAACAGCUCGAUAUACGAGAAAAAGAUGGCUAUGAUAAAGUAACUGUUCAGUUUUUUCCUUCUGACCCCGAAAGCAAUAAAUUAACGGAACAUAUUCACGAUUGUUCAUCGUGUUCACCACAUCCUUAUGAACCUUUUGAAUUGGUUAUAUAUGUUGGCACAGAAAAUAACAAAUACUUUGCAGGUGAUGCAGAUAUAGAAAGUAUUGCACAACAGAUCCUUGGCUCUGUAGGUCCAAGUGGAACAAAUGCAGAGUACCUGUAUAAAUUAGCCUCUGCCAUGCGCCUUCUUGCACCGGGAGUACAAGAUGAGCACCUGUUCGCUUUGGAAGAUGCUGUACAACGUUUGGAAAAUCAACAGUCCUAACAUAAAUUCAAUUAUCCUACUUAAAAUAUGAUAUUUUGAAAUUGUUUAUUUUGUUAAUGUAAUUACAAAAAUGUUUAAGAUGAAAUUGAUGUGUUUUAAUUUUUUAAAUUUAUAAGUUCUGCAAAAUUGACUGUCCUAUACCCUCCAGAGAAAUAUAUUUUUAUGCACUGUUGUGUACGAAUAUGGGAUAAAAUUUAAUCAGUGUAAAUUAAUGUUGUAUAUCUUAUUUAUUAAUAACAGAUGGUGCUUUUUAUCUGGAAGAUGUCUGACAAACCAGUAAUCUUUAAAAUAUACAGAAAUUGGUUAUAUUUUAACUCACUCUCAACGAGCCAAAGAUAGACUAACAUUACAAAGUUAAAAACAAUGGCCACACUUCACACAAAAACUUCAGGAGAAUGUGAAUUUCUCCCAGCACUCUUUAUAACUUUUGUUUAAAGUAUAUUACAAAUGUGGUACAGUGGGCAUGGCAUGAAUAUGGAUGUGGUUAUAGGCUACUCUUUGGGUUGAUUUCUUUAAUAAUUUACCCCCAGCCUCAUAUAACAAUAAAUACUAUUAAG